CCGCUGGGAAGAGUAGGCCAAUCAUGGCCCACCAUCCGUUUAGAAGAGGCGGGACUUAACUCCUGGAACGGUUACCAUACGCCACUCGUGAGUAGUAGUCGCCUCUGAUUGGUCCGUCGUUAUGAACUGGGUCGGUCCACACUCACCGUGUAAGCUACUGUUGAAAUUCCUACGCUAACCAACUUUAGCCAGCUUGCUAACAUGUAAUUAAGCGAAUGUGGUUAAGCUGCAUUUAUGGCACUGGAAAGGAUUCGAAUUGACAGGUAAUAUGCUGGUUCCGAAACUGGAAUACGGAAAUCAUUGGCGCUGUUCUGUACGUGUCGGCGUAACAACAACCAGAACAUGUCCAGUUAGCUAUACCGCGGCGAUUGGUGGAUAACGAACCUGGCAAGCUAGCCAGUCACCCCGGGCUUUGGACUGGCUUGAGGCUUUUGAACAGGUUUCCUCGCCCAGUGGACAGCCGAGCCUGAUGCUGUGAUUAUCAUGAGUCCCGCGGGCUGCCCCCAUGUCAACUGCUUCAAAGUGGACAACUGGAAGCAGAACCUGAGGGCUAUUUAUCAGUGUUUCGUAUGGAGCGGUUCGGCCGAGACCAGGAAACGCAAGGCCAAGUCGUGCAUCUGCCACAUGUGCGGCGCUCACCUCAGCAGACUCCACUCCUGCCUUUACUGCGUCUUCUUCGCCUGCUUUGCCAAAAAACACAUCCAUGAGCACGCCAAGAGCAAACGACAUAACCUAGCUAUUGACUUGCUCUAUGGGGGGAUUUACUGCUUCAUGUGCCAAGACUACAUUUACGACAAAGACAUGGAACAGAUUGCCAAAGAGGAACAAAGGAAAGCCUGGAAAAUGCAAGGCGUUGGUGAGAAGUACUUGUCAUGGGAGCCCACCAAGAGGGAGCUGGACCUUCUCCGCCACAAUCCCAAGAGGAGGAGAAUCACCUCCAACUGCACUAUUGGCCUACGCGGUCUGAUCAACCUUGGCAACACAUGCUUUAUGAACUGCAUUGUCCAGGCACUAACACACACGCCGCUGCUGCGGGACUUUUUCCUGUCCGACCGACACAAAUGUGAAAUGCAGAGCAACUCCUGCUUAGUGUGUGAAAUGUCGCAACUCUUCCAGGAGUUCUACUCAGGCCAUCGUUCACCCCACAUCCCGUUCCGUCUGCUCCACCUGGUGUGGACUCACGCCCGUCACCUGGCUGGCUACGAGCAACAGGACGCACACGAGUUCCUCAUCGCUGCACUGGAUGUACUACACAGGCACUGCAAAGAUGACAAUGGGAAAAAAGCCAACAACCCAAACCAUUGUAACUGCAUCAUUGACCAAAUCUUCACAGGGGGCCUGCAGUCUGAUGUCACCUGCCAAGUCUGCCACGGUGUCUCAACAACCAUAGACCCAUUUUGGGACAUCAGCCUGGACCUGCCGGGCUCCUCCACUCCCUUCUGGCCGCUAAGUCCCGGCGGAGAUGGCUCGACGCUAAACGGAGAGAGUCACGCCACUGGAGCCACGACACUGACAGACUGCCUACGAAGGUUCACCAGACCAGAGCACCUGGGCAGCAGCGCCAAGAUCAAGUGCAGCGGUUGCCACAGUUAUCAGGAGUCCACCAAGCAGCUGACCAUGAAGAAGUUGCCCAUUGUGGCCUGCUUUCACCUCAAACGAUUUGAGCAUUCUGCCAAACUCCGGAGAAAGAUCACGACGUACGUCUCUUUCCCUUUGGAGCUGGACAUGACGCCAUUUAUGGCCUCCAGUAAAGAGAGCAGGAUGAAUGGCCAGUACCAGCAGACUGUGGAGCCCUUCAACAACGACAAUAAAUACAGCCUUUUUGCUGUAGUCAACCACCAGGGAACACUAGAGAGCGGCCACUACACCACUUUCAUCAGGCAGCACAAGGACCAGUGGUUCAAGUGUGACGACGCCAUCAUCACCAAGGCCAGCAUCGAGGCCGUGCUGGACAGUGAAGGGUACCUUUUGUUUUACCAUAAACAGUUCCUGGAGUACGAAUAGCGCAGCCCGCACACGAGCCCCGACGCACUACUGCAACUAACAUUUCCACUGGAAUUCAGGACGCACGCAGCAACAAUCUGCUGGUUGUAAAUCUGCCAAGCCGGUCUGCACGUGGAGGUCGGAACUGACCGGUAGCCAUCAUCAACGUUAAACUCCUCCCUUGCUUUCUUAUUUUCAGACGGAUUUUUGGACUUGAUUCUGAAUGCCGUUUUUUUACUCACGGCGUCCUAAAGCAGGGGUGGGGAACCUAUUAAUGCUCUGGGCUGCUAUGCAAUUGUAAAAACCUCAGAGGAACAGUUUAUCUCAAAACUCGCAGCAUUAAAAAUGUCUUCGUAGCCCAAAACAACAUUAAAGGGAUAUGCAAUAUUCCCGGGUGUCAGGAAAAA